AAGCCGAGCAAUAGGUGGCUUCAGGAAAGGCAACGGAGUUGACUUCUACCAACAUGAGGGCUGCUGGAAUUUUUGUCUUCUGUCUCUUCUCCUCCAUCUUGUCAACAGUGACAUCUCUAAAGUGUCAAAAAUGUGUGGCCCUUGGAAGUGAAUGUGAAAAAUUGGAUACGACAGUGGUGGAGUGCAAAGAAGAUGAAGAAUUUUGUUCUACUCUAGUUGCUAAUACUACUAUAACCAAUAUUGCAGUGAGUUUAAUUGUCAAGGAUUGUUCAAAACGUGAGGACUGUUAUGAUGGCCUCUUCAUCACCACAAUAGUAGAUGAUAGAUUUGAAAUAGGUAGAGCUAACUGUUGCCAGACUGAUGUCUGUAAUGCAGAACCGCUUCAUUUGGAAAAUUACGAUGAGUUUCAACCAAAUGGGUUACAGUGCCCAGGUUGCUAUGCACUAGAUGAGGAUUCUUGUGAAGCCAAUCAAUCUGUAAUCUGCGUUGGCGAUGAGGAUCAGUGUCUUAUCCUAAGUAGUAGCACAGAGGCUUUUGGAAAUUACACUGAAAUGUCCACUUACCAGGGAUGUACGACAAAGAAUUCAUGUUCCUUCCCGCUAGGAUUGACUGAGAUAGGCGGGGGGCAGAUCCGGUUCAAUGUCACCAUCCUGGAAUGCAGAAACGCAUCUUCUUCUGAACCUGAUCAUCAGUGAUAGUUGGGAAGAGCCGAACCUUCUUUGCAAUUAUUGGGAAAUUUGUAAAAAAUGAGAAAGUUGAAGAUUUAAUAGUGAGAUAAAUAGAGAUUGGAAUCAAAGAUGUUUGUGAUUCUUACCUGAGUCAGUAGGGGAAAGCUGGAAAUUCGGGGCAAAGAUGCUGAACUAUCAUGCUUCGAGACCACAGCUCAAUAAAAUUUGUGUUUUCAAUCUUCAAAGUCCACAGAAUCAUCAAACAAAAAAAUAAAUUGAUAUGACAAAGGAA